AUGGAGAGCCAGCGCUGCUUCGCCAACCGCUUCGAUGACUACCCGGGCAGCCCCGCGGCGGCGCCGGACAGGGAGGCGGCGAUGCCGCUGGUGACGGCCACCAUCGAGCGCAUCCUGCGGGAGCUGCCGCCCCUGGGCGGCCCCCGCGGCUGCCCGGGCGGGCUGUACGGCGGCGUGGCCGGCGUGGCCUACAUGCUGUACCACGUCGCGCAGUGCCCGCUGUUCGCGCCGUCGCGGGACUCGUACCUGCGGGCCGCCCGCCGCGUCGUGGACGCCUGCCUGCGCUACCAGGAGGGAUGCGGCGAGGCCGACGCCGACACCCGAGCCGCCUUCCUGCUGGGCGGCGCCGGGGUGUACGCGGUGGCCGCGCUGGUCUACCGCGCCCUGGGGCUGCCCGAGUACGCGCGGCCGCUGGGCAAGUUCAGGGAGCUGAGCGAGGUCUGCGCUCCGCUCUCCUUCCUCGAGUGCGGCUCCGACGAGCUGUUCGUGGGCCGAGCCGGGUACCUGUGCGCCGCGCUGGUGCUGAAGCAGCGGCUGGGCGUGGAGGUGCUGACUGCAGCACAAAUUAAAUCAAUUUGCCUGGCCAUACUGGAAUCAGGAAAACAGUAUGCAGUGAAGAAGAGGAAACCAGUCCCACUCAUGUAUUCCUACUAUGGAACGGAGUAUCUUGGUGCAGCACAUGGGCUUUCCUCAAUCCUGCAGAUGUUGCUCUCCUAUUACGAGUACCUGCAGCCAGCGGAUCAGGAGCUGGUGUGGCAGAGUGUGGAUUUCCUGAUGGACCAGGAACAGAACAGCAACUGGCCCCCUGAGCUGGGGGAGACAAUCGAGCGGGAGAACGAGCUGGUGCACUGGUGCCAUGGAGCUCCAGGCAUUGCAUAUCUGUUUGCCAAAGCCUACCUGGUUUCCAAGAAGCCUCAAUAUCUGGAUACUUGUAUCCGCUGUGGAGAGCUCACCUGGCAGAAAGGGCUGCUGAAGAAGGGCCCUGGAAUAUGCCAUGGGGUGGCUGGCAGUGCUUAUGUGUUCCUGCUCCUGUAUAGGCUCACUGGGAACUCCAAAUACAUAUACAGGGCACAAAGGUUUGCAGAGUUCUUAUUUACAGAAGAAUUUAAGUCUGGUUCCCGGGCACUAGAAAGUAUAUAUAGUUUGUAUGAAGGUUUUUCAGGAACUGUGUGUUUCCUGACUGACUUGCUGCAACCCAACCAAGCCGAGUUUCCUCUCUUCAGUGUCUUUGUCUAA